AUCACGCUGCGCCUCUCCCGGAAGUAUCGCUGAGAGCCAAAAUGGCGCAGAAACGCCAGUUGUUGGUUUUGGAUUUGUUUCGGGACAUUAACGUAACCCGUUUACACCAAGAACCUUGAUCGGCCCGCUGGGACGUGACCGGGGAGAUCCCAGCCAAACCAGCCGCCCACCCGGAGGCGCGUGCAGGGCGUGGUGAUGGCGGAGCGGAGGGCCGAAUGCACCUGGAAGAGACACAUCUUGGAGCAACUGAAGCUUAGAGACAGAGUUCAGAGACACACUUUCGAGGAGAUCGUCCACCAGUACAAUCGCCUUUUGGAAAAAUCCGACCUGCAGACUGUCCUCACAGAAAGAUACCAGACGGACAAAUAUGACGUCCAGAGAGGUCAUGAGGCCAGCUCCGUGGACUCAUCCCGCAGCGACACCCUGCAGCAGGAGAUGGCUCAGAUGAGGAUCCGCCAUCAGGAGGAGCUGACAGAGCUGCACAAGAAACGAGGGGAGCUCGCUCAGACUGUGAUAGAGCUCAACAACCUGAUCCAGCAGAAGGACCGAGAGAUCCAGAACAACGAGGCCAGGAUGUUGGAGUGUCAGCAGCAGAUCACCAGCUUGGAGGGAGACUGCCAGGAGCUGAGGAACAGCCUGCAGGAACUGGAGCAGGCCAAUCAGACACUGAAGGACGAGUACGAUGCCCUGCAGAUCACCUUCUCCGCCCUGGAGGAGAAACUGAGGAAGACCACAGAGGACAACCAGGAGCUGGUGUCCCGCUGGAUGGCGGAGAAAGCGCUGGAGGCCAACAAGCUCAAUGCUGAGAACGAGAAGGACACCAGGCGCAGACAGGCCAAAUUGCAGAAGGAUCUGGCAGACGCUGCCAAGGAGCCGCUGCCCAUCGAACAGGACGACGACAUUGAUGUGCUGCCUGAGGAAGGAGGAAAGGGAGGGGACACGUCCCCAAACAGACCAAUCAGCAGAACGCCCAGCAGGAAGACGCUCCAGCAGCCUCCUGGCGGGCUGCUCGACUCCAUCUCUAACAUGUUUGGCAGGCGUAGGUCGACUAACUCUUUCAGCACGUCUCCAGAAAGUACAGAGACGCCGUCGGGGGUGUGUGCAGAGGUCCGGGUGCCGUCCACAGCCCUGCAUGUCUUUGAAGCCCACGACGGAGAGGUGAACACCGUCAGGUUCAGCCCUGGCUCUCGUCUCCUAGCAACAGGAGGGAUGGACCGCAGGGUGAAGCUAUGGGAGGUCGUCUCAGGUCGCUGUGAGGCUAAAGGAGCUCUGACCGGCAGCAACGCAGGAAUCACCAGCAUCGAGUUCGACAGUGCUGGCUCCUACCUGCUCGCUGCAUCCAAUGACUUUGCCAGUCGAAUCUGGACCGUGGACGACUACAGACUGAGGCACACCUUAACGGGUCACAGCGGGAAGGUGUUGUCAGCCCGCUUCCUUUUGGACAACGCUCGCAUCGUGUCUGGGAGCUAUGACCGCACGCUCAAACUGUGGGACCUUCGCAGCAAAGUCUGCAUGAAGACGGUCUUCGCCGGCUCCAGCUGUAAUGACAUCGUGUGCACGGAGCAGUGUGUCAUGAGUGGCCACUUUGACAAGAAAGUCCGAUUUUGGGACAUCAGGGCGGAGAGCAUCGUGCGAGAGAUGGAGCUGAUGGGUCGGGUCACGUCUCUGGACCUGAACCACGACCGCAGCGAGCUGCUGACCUGUUCUAGAGACGACCUGCUGAAGAUCAUCGACCUGCGCAGCAACGCCGUACGGCAGACGUUCAGUGCUCAGGGCUUCAAGUGUGGAGCCGAUUGGACCAGAGUCACCUUCAGCCCUGACGGCAGCUAUGUGGCCGGAGGGUCAGCCGAUGGCGCCCUGUACAUCUGGAACGUCCUGACGGGGAAACUAGACCGGACUCUGGACAGAAACCACAGCACCGCCGUCAACUGCGUGUCAUGGUCGCCAUCGGGGACGUACGUGGCCAGCGUGGAGAAGGGCAGCAGAGCCAUCCUGUGGUCAGACAUGUGAUUGGCUGGAGCUCAGGGGGUGGAGCCAUCAUGGUCUGGUUCUGGUGGACUCGUCUUCGUCGCUGUAUGUGACGAAGCCAAUGAGGAGCUUUUAAUGUUCAGUCGUUUUAACGGUGACAGCGCUCCCCCUGCUGGUUAACGGUUGUAUGGACGGCAAACAGCUGAGUGUGUGAUGCAGCCUGAGGAAGAGAAGUCCUCCCUUUAAAAGAUGAAGAAUAAAGAGUCAGAGCGAACUUUGUUCCGUAUGAACUGAGGCACACACAGCUGCUGAAGUGCCUCUGAGCUAUCCCAGAGUGAUGCUGGGAAAGCCGCUGGAUCGUAACCAUGGAAACUGCCUGAGGUUUUAGAUCCAUAAACACUAAUCGGUGUGUUUUGCUUCUUCCCGUUUUUGUUCAUGUUUUCGUUUCACUGCUCCUCCCACAACGCGGAGACAUUAAACCAAAAAACUCUGAAAA